AAGCCGCCGUUCAUCAGUCUCGCUUGAUACUCUCGUGCGUGAGCAUAUAGCCGCUCUCUCUCUCUCUCACACAGUCGCCUCUCUAUACCACAUAUAUACAUCGACUUGGAUCUCUCGACAGUAGCACAUCGUUCGCCGUCCCAUCGAGACCGUGUCUUCUUCUUCUUCUUCUUCUUCGUGUGUCCGCACGCAAUUUUUGACCGAUAUAAUAAUUUAUACAGUAUUGUGGCCGAUCCCAAAGCGAGACAGCAUCACAGUCUCGUUUAGCAAAAAAAAAAAGUUCCAGUGUUGAAUCGCAGUUGUGUGUUUGUGAAGAAAGGGUCGUCUCUGAUUGACACCCUUGUCCUCGAGCGAGCAGUUUAUUUUUUUCACUCCGUUAAUCCGAGCUUCAGAUCGCUUGCCACCGUGCAAGGUUCAUUUCGGAAAUUUUUUAGGCUGGACGAAUUUCAACCUACUCCGCUUAUCACCCUGGCGAAAAUCUACCGUAGGAAUGUGUCGCCACACUGUCGCCGUGUAAAACUAACGGAGAUUGGACCAUCCGAGUCCAAAUUGCCACAGAAGGAUCCCUCCAUCCCAGGUUCACUCGCGCUAGAUUACUUCUACCGCCUACGCACAUACAUAAGACCAACUGAGAGCCGACGGCAGCACAACAUCCACCAUGAAACAUGAACAAGACGACGCGUGUUUCACGGAAGAUGAGAAAUGUACGGGAUUGGAGACACCACCUAUGUUGAAGGACGUGAGGCUUACACUAGAUCCCAAAGCCUUGGAAGCGGCGAAUCCGGACCUCGACGUGGUCAAAAAGGUUGCAGCAAAUCUUGCAUCAUGCGGUAGUAUUGAAAUCUGCGUUAUUGACGACACAGACAGCAGCGACGCCAACAGCAACAGCUUGGACGAGAAGGGCAAUCCGUGCGCCCUCGAGGCCGGCAUCGUCAAGCCGCCCAAGAAGAAGCGCAGCCGUCUCAUCACCGACGAGCCCUGGUAUCUCACCCUCGUGCAGAUAUGCGUGCCGUUCUUCAUCGCCGGCCUCGGCACCAUCGGCGCCGGUCUCGUCCUCGCCAAAGUCAAGAAUUGGGAAGUGUUCAGAGAGGUCUCCCAGAUCUUCAUCCUGGUCCCGGCCCUCCUGGGGCUCAAAGGCAAUCUCGACAUGUGCCUCGCCUCUCGACUCAGCACCCAGGCCAAUCUCGGCAACAUGAAGAGCCCGCGCGAGAUCGGCAAGAUGAUCAUCGGUAAUCUCGCCCUGGUCCAGGUGCAGGCCACCGUAGCAGCCACCCUCGUGGCGAUGUUCGCCACCGGCGUCUCCGCCGUGAUGAACGGCGAGUACUCCUGGGAUCACUUCCUCCUGGUGAUGGCUUCGAGCGUCUGCACAGCAGCGAGCUCGUGCUUCAUCCUCGACCUGGCGAUGAUCAUCGUCAUCAUGGGCGCCUACAAGAUGAAGAUGAAUCCGGACAAUCUCGCCACGCCGCUCGCCGCAUCCAUCGGCGACGUCGUCUCGCUCAGCGUACUGUCGGCCGUGGCCUCCCAGCUCUACACCUAUCAGCGCUCGAGCGACGUCUGGAUACUCUACGCCAUCAUCGUCCUGUUCUUCGGCCUGCUGCCCAUCUGGAUCUGCAUCGUGCUCAAGAACAAGUACACCAAGCCCGUGCUCACGUCCGGCUGGGUGCCCGUCAUCUCGGCCCUCUUCAUCAGCGGCCUCGGCGGCCUCAUCCUCGACAAAGCCGUCAACACUCUGAACGGCUUCGACGUGUUCGCGCCCAUCAUCAACGGCAUCGGUGGCAAUCUCGUGUCGGUGCACGCAUCGCGCAUCUCCAGCAUGCUGCAUCAGUCGAGCGUUCUGGGCUCGCUGCCCGGCUGGGCCAAGACCUGGGUAUCGCCCUGGAAGGCCCUCUUCCACGGACAGCCCACCGCCAAGACGGCGAGGCUGCUGCUGGGCAUGGCCGUGCCCGGACACGUGGCCUUCUCGUUCCUCGCCGAUUAUCUCAGGUGGAGCAAGUCGACCGUGCACGUCUACUUCGUGGCUUCUUAUCUGACUGUGGCGCUCGUACAGGUUGCGCUGCUGCUGUACGUGGCACACGUGAUGAUCCACAUCAUGUGGAAGUACAAGGUGGACCCGGACAACUCUGCGAUCCCCUACCUGACUGCGCUCGGCGAUCUGUCUGGCUCGCUGCUGCUGGCCGCGGCUUUUAAAUUCCUGAGUCUGAUCAAUCAAGAGUACUACAACGACUGCGUGGACAAUAACUGCGGAACCGAGGAUUUGUUGGCUAACGUCGCGACUACUCUGGCUCCUGGUGCCUUUUAAAUUUUGAGAUAAAAAAAAAAAAAAUUAAAAUUAGGAAAGCAACCAAGAGUCAAUGGGUGUGUGUGUGUGUUUGUAUGUGCGUGCGCGCGAGUAUAUUUGUGUAAUAUGAACAAUUAUAUUACGAUUGAAAUAAACACAGCGCCUAUAUGGAUAGUAUAAAUUUUUGCAAUUUAUACAUGCGUAUGUACAUGAUUGAUAAUUAUGUAUGCGUGCCUAUAUAUAUAUUUAUGUGUAUUAUGUGAUCUUUUCUGUAUGCGAGUGUGUGCGUAUAUGGGUAUACAAGAAGAGCCUUCGUCGUCGUCUCGUUCGUGUAUGUACCUGUGUAUAUGUUCUGUACGCGUUGUAUAUUUUUUUCAUUGCUCCGUCUCCAAUUUUUAAAGAUGUCAAACUUUUUACAGCCUGAUAGUAUAAAUGAUAAUAACAAUGUCACAUCGCACAAUAGUCAUCAAUUUUUGUUUUUUUUUUUAUUCAUCCGAUCUCGACGCGAGAUAAGAUCCUCGCGGAUCUUCGCUCGUUCGUUGAUGAUAGUAUUUUUUUUUUUUUCGUUACCCAUUUGUUGUUUUAAUCGUGUGAAUCAAGAUUUUAUGACGAGUACAUUUACUAUAAUAUACAGCUAGCAAUUCAUCUGUUAACGUCACGUAGUUCAAAUAAAUGUUUUUAGAAAAAAAGGCAAAACAA